AUGAGUAGCGCAUCUCAAGGGAAGGCCGGAAUUGCCGUGAUUCGCAUAUCAGGGCCGUCAUGUCUCGAAAUAUGUAAAAGUCUGUGCCCGUCCAAACCAGCACCAAAGCCACGCUACGCCGCUGUCCGCACGCUAUUUCAUCCAGAGUCCAGCAGUGACGCAUCGGUCGUCGUGCUCGACUCUGAAGCGCUCGUUCUCUAUUUCCCAUCCCCUGCCACCGUGACCGGCGAAGACGUUUUGGAGCUGCACGUCCACGGCGGCUCCGCCACCGUCAAGGCCGUCCUCGGCGCCAUCCCGCGCUGCGCCGCAUCCUCCUCCGACAUUCGCUACGCUGAGCCCGGCGAGUUCACCAAGCGGGCCUUCAUCAACGACAGGCUGGACCUGGCGCAGAUUGAGGCGCUCAGCGACACGCUCGCCGCGGAGACGGAGCAGCAGCGGCGCGCCGCCGUGCGCGGCAACUCGGGCCGCCUGGGGCGCACGUACGAAGGGUGGCGGCAGCAGCUGCUCCUGGCGCGCGGCGAGCUCGAGGCGCUGAUUGACUUUGCCGAGGACCAGCACUUUGACGAGUCGCCGGCGGAUCUGCUCGGGAACGUGGCAUGGCAGAUACGACAUAUGCUGCACAGCAUCAAGCUGCACGAGAAGGGGGGUGAGAGGAGCGAGCUGCUGCGGAACGGAAUCAAGAUUGCGCUCGUGGGGCCGCCGAAUGCCGGCAAGAGCUCGUUGAUGAAUCUGGUGGUUGGGCGGGAGGCGUCGAUUGUGUCGGGCGAAGCGGGCACGACGCGCGACAUUGUGGAAGCCAGCUUGGAUAUCAGGGGGUAUUUGUGCUCAUUUGCGGACACGGCGGGCUUCAGGACGAAAGGGGAGUGGAGCGACAUUGGGAUGGUGGAGGAAGAGGGUAUACGGAGGGCGAGGAACAAGGCCAAAGAGGCAGAUGUCGUGGUGGUGCUUGCUUCUGUUGAGGUGGGCGGCGAUGGCCAUGCGUUUCUUCGAUAUGAUGAGCAGACGCUGGAACUCGCCGCUGAGGCGGAAAACUGCCUUGUGCUGGUCAACAAGCGAGAUGCCACCGACGAAGAGUCGUUACAGAAGCUGCUCUCUGGCUUCAAGAAGACGCUCCAUGACAGAGGCGGCAAGCUGGACGGCAUCCAGGUGCAUACCGUGUCGUGCCGUGAAGCACAAAGUACUACCGUCAUUGGCGACACGGAUCCCGGCGGCGUCCACGCCGUCAUUGACGCACUGAGCGACCGCUUCGCCGCCAUGACGUCGCUGCCCGCCGACCAGCAGGACCUGCUGGGCGUGACGGAGCGCCAGCGGCAGCUGCUGGCGGACUGCCGCGGCUACCUGGAGGAAUUCAUGCUCGAGGCCGAGCGCGUAGAGCAGGACGAUGAUGAUGAUCCCGAGGCGGACAGCGUGCUGGCGGCCGAGUAUCUGCGGUAUGCGGCGGAUUGUCUGGCGCGCAUCACGGGACGGGGCGAGGGCGGCGACGUGGAGGAUGUGCUGGGCGUGGUGUUUGAAAAGUUCUGUGUUGGGAAAUAG